UCUUGUUCUUAGCCAAAAAUAUUUGUCCCCAUGGACCCUCGACACAGCGCUCAGGAUUUGGUGCGAUGUAAUAUGUGUGAUGCUUCUGACCCCCUACUCCACUGUGAUUUUUGUGAGAUCAAUCUUUGCAAAGCUUGUGUUGGGGAACAUGUAAUAGACUCGACUAAAAAACAUCAGAUGGUUCUAUAUAAAGAACGAGGUUCAUCUCCAAGUUACCCUUAUUGCUGUGAACAUACAAAAGAUCAGUGCAAGCAUUGGUGUGAACAAUGCGAUAUUGCAGUGUGUGCCCAAUGUAUUUGCUCUCCUAAUCAUCGAAGACAUAUCUUUUUAGAUAUUCUUACCUUUACUGAAAGAAAAAAAGACCAUAUACAAAAAGACUUUCACGAAUUAGAAAAAAUCCUCUUUUCGAAAUAUCAACAUUUUGCAUCAAACGUUCAGGUUCAGAAAGCAGAACUACUUAAGAACACACAGGAAAUAAAAAAAGCAAUAGACAAACAUGGAGAAGACUUGCACAGAGAAAUAGACACCAUUAUACAGAAGCUGAAAUCUGAUCUUGAUGAAAUGGACGCCAAACACAUGGCUGUCUUAAACAAACAGGAAGAUGAAAUCACACUCACCAUUUCUAAAAUCACACAGAACAUUGCGGAUCUGAAGAAGUUACUAGACUCCAAUGAUGUCAGCCGUGUCUCUGCCUACAAAUCCAGGAAUGCAGAGUUCAAAAGAUUGCCUCCUAAACUCACAGUUUCUUUACUAUACUUCACCCCUCAGACAAUUAACCCAGAACAACUUUACCAACAAUUUGGGUCCCUGUCAGCAUUCUCCAUGACAACAGAGGAACAUGGCUUCACCAUGGAAACCUCAGAAGCUGGAUCCUCUCCUCUCAAACCAAUGCUUGACGAGCCACGGAUCAUCUUCACCAUACAUACCCACUACAGAGGCAUACAUAAAUGGCUAUGCGGUGUUACUUGUCACAGUGAUGAAGAGAUUUGGACGUGUGGAUACGAUUUUAAAAUCAUGAGUCUCUACAACCUCCAGGGGAAACUACUGAAGUCAAUCCAAACCAAAUCAGAUAACUCGCCAGAAGACAUAGCAGUGACAAGGAGUGGAGACCUUGUUUAUACUGAUAGACAAAAUAGAACGUGGAACACAGUUAAGAGUACACGUGUACAGACAAUGACCAGACUACAGGGGUGGACACCUCGUUGUGUUUGUAAAACCUCCUCCUAUGAACUUUUAAUUGGCAUGGACAGUGAUGAUGAUAAAGAGACAAAAGUUGUGCGAUACUCUGGCUCCACAGAGAAACAAAGUAUUCAGUACGAUGACAAAGGACAACCUCUCUAUUCAUCUGGUGACUAUAAAUACAUCAGUGAGAACAGGAACCUAGAUAUCUGUGUGUCCGACCAUAAAGCCCAUGCAGUAGUGGUGGUCAACCAGGCCGGGAAACUCCGGUUUACCUACACUGGUCCUCCCUCUACUACCAAGGGAUCAUUUACUCCACGUGGUAUCACAACGGACAACCAGGGUCUGAUCCUUACUGCAGAUUGCGACAACCACCGUAUCCACAUCCUGGAUCAGGACGGACAGUUCCUCCGCUAUAUUGACAGCUGUCAAUUACAGAACCCAGUCGAUUUAUGCGUGGACACCAUAGACAACCUCUAUGUUGCUGAGAACAACACAGGUAAAGUGAAGAAAAUACAAUAUUACAGGUAAACAAAUGAUGAGGACAAGUCAUGUGUUAACACACUGUGAGCAUUAAAAUACACUAAAUAAAAAUAGGUUUACAUUUUAUGUACCUGUUAGAAAACUGUUUCUAUACAUUGUAUGUAUAAUGUUCAGGCAAACUGUGCUUUAAAUGUAAUAAAAAGCGAUGUAUAUCAUAUGAAAUUUAUGUUUUAAAAUAGUGUGUUUUUCAAACACUGUGAAUUUUAUGUAAUAUAAUUGGUUAAGUAAUGAAUAUUAGUUCUAUGUAUGUUAUACUUUACGAGGGUUGUCCCAAAAUAACGUAGACAGGACACAUAAUUUAUAAUCUGUUCACUGCAAUUUCAUUAGACUUCUAUGUUUUCUUCAAUGACCCUUUGGCAAACUGUUACGAAAUUGUGUCGAACGGUUUUAUAUAUAUCACUUACAGCUACCAUGUUUAUCCAUUAAUCGUUGUUAUUUAUUAUCAUGUUUGAAUGUGUUGUCAUCCGUUCGUCCCAUAUCAAUUGUUGAUAUGCAUACUUUGUAUCUUUUUCACGAUAUUGUCAUUUAAAUGCAUGUUUUAUCAUCGAGUCCGAAUGGCCUCGAUCCUCCAUUGUAUGUUUGCAAUCAUUUAUCACAUUUUAUCAUUGAACAUAUGUAUGUCUUCGCUUGCAUCAUUGUUAUAGUAUAACAGCUACUUGUACUUAUCGUAUUUUGUAGAUUAAAUCCCAUAUCUUAGUAGAAAUAACUCAUAUUCUAUCCAAGAACUUCACCGCGUGCACUUUCCCCGGUCUGUUUACGCCGGAAGUGGCGUAGGGUCGUUUCGGUUCAGCUAUUGGCUAAUUGAGGUUACCUAGGGGUACGUAAGGGUAUAUAUACCCCCUAUCUUCUGCUAAUUAGACAGACACAUAUUUAAUAAUCUCCGGGCGACAUAUAAUAUACCCACUCUAGGGAUGGCAGAUGUGUCUCAGGCCCGUUGGGUAAUUAUUGUUAUUUAAUAUAUUAUAUUGUAAAGCUGAGAUAUCCCUUGUGGGAUACCCAAUACCUUAUGGGAAGCCCAUACGUGAAGUGGGAGGAGCCAUUUGGGAUUAAUAUAUAAAUAUUAGGAAACUAGAGGCCUAUCAUUGGGAAAAUGGGAAAGAUUAUAUUUGUAGGGUUUUAAAUAAGUACAAGUAGCUACUUUAAUUAUUUGUAUAGGUAGGAUUUUUAUUUAUGGGAUGUGGGAGGAUUUUUGGCUAUGGGAGUUUGUGUGACUUUUCCAUCAUUACAUCAUUUCGUUGUUUCAUUUGAAUAAAUUAUUGUUAUAUUGUUAAUCCUGACUUGUUUAUUUAUUUAUCCAAUAAGGUUAACUUACAGGAGUGGAAAACCCACAAGUUUGCUCACUCCCACCAGGGGGUGGAACGCAAUAAAACAAUGCUGAAAAGUUCAAAUCUGUACUUUAUUUAUUUCUCGAGAAAAUGAAUAAUUAGUAACAACACGUUUUGUCAGGCGGCGCAAUGUGCGACGUCGAAAAUUUCCAGUUUUACGUUGUUGCUAAACCCUCCACAUCGUUUACGAUAACAUUUACGUUUUAUUUCCGAAUAUGUCUUAGAUAAAAUA